UACACAUUUCUACCUCACAAAAACAAAAAACCAGCUAAUUAAGAGGGAAAAUGUCUCCAGUGACCGAAGAGAUGAGAGCCAAAGCUGAGGUCUACUAUGGACAAGAGAAGUUUGAAGAGAGAUCAAAGUUCAUGCUCCAGGAGGCAGGGCUGCCCUUAGGCCUCCUGCCCUUAAAAGAUGUGGAGGAAUGUGGGUAUGUGGAGGAAACUGGCUUUGUGUGGGUUAAGCAGAAAAAGAAGAUUACCCACAAGUUUGAGAAGGUUGGGAGGCUUGUGACCUAUGACUCUGAGGUCACUGCCUAUGUUGAGCCCAACAGGAUCCGAAAGCUGCAUGGAGUGAAGACUAAGGAGCUCCUAAUUUGGAUCACCCUCGCUGAGAUCUUUGUCAAUGAUCCACCUACUGGAAAACUCACUGUCAAGACCCCGCAAGGCCUCACACGGUCUUUUCCAGUGGCUGCUUUCGAGCUCGAGGUGGCGGCCGCCAAGGAGGGUGAGGGGCUGAAGGAGGUGAAGGAGAAGAAGGAAGCAAGUGAAGCCAUGGAAGUGAAAGCUGUGUAGGAAUACAUAUAUAUAUAUAUAUAUAUAUAUAUGUUUGUAUUGAGGUCUAGCUAGCUGAUGUGAUGACAAUUACUAGCUACAAGCUCAUCAAUAAGUUCUUAAUUGCAUUGUGUUAUCUCAUUCUGAUGCAAGUGGAGAUAUGCUGCUUUCUUUCAUCAUCUAGCUAGUAAAUUAGCUAGUGUUUCUAAAUAAUGAACUUAGAAAUACUUCAUAAUAAGAAGCUUUAGUUUCAAUCAUAUAUUAUGUAAAAGGUAUUUGAUAUAUAACUUAAUUUUUAUGGGAAUCAUUAAGACUUCCAAUA